CUCAUUAAUUCAUUCACGGUGUAGCCAGGGUGACGCACAGAGCAACUUUGCCGGAUCCACUGACAACACUCGUGAACGUUAAAGAGGCCGCACUGUAAGAAGAUCCGCUCUUCACUUUCCGCAGUAAAGGAAGGCUCUCAGCGCCGAGCAAACAAUGAAGCCGCAGUUCUUGCUACCUGCGACCGUAGUGGUGUCGGUCGCUUUGGUGGGGAUCAUGAAACUGCGGAAAGGUGAGCACGAAAAAUACGAGAAGCAGUUCAAGUUUCAGGAUGUCAGACUGCGGGUUGCCUAUGAUGUGCUGGGAGAAUACCAGAACGAUAAAGCAGAGAAGCAGAACAUGCUGGAAAAGGCCAACACUGAGCACAAAGCGCUGGAGGAGGAGGUGAACAAGCUCCAGACCGGCGGGGAAAAGUCUAAGGGAGAUACGGACGCCUGCCAGGCAGACCUGAAGGCAAUCACAGAUGAAGUGGGAGCAGCAGAGGCACAGUUAAAAAGUCUGAAAGCUGAGCAGGAAAAAGAGAAGACGAGCUGGACAACAGAAGAAGACACUCUGAAGCAGCAACUAGAAAAACACAGCUUAGUGUGUCAGUUCAUAAAAACAGAUAUUGCAGAAGCAAGAACUUUGUGUGGAAUAAAAGAGCAACCAAAGGCAGAGGCCCCUAAACAAGAUCAACCAAAGGCUGAGGCCCCCAAACAAGAAGAGCCAAAGGCUGAGGCCCCCAAACAAGAAGAGCCAAAGGCUGAGGCCCCCAAACAAGAAGAGCCAAAGGCUGAAGCCCCCAAACAAGAUCAACCAAAGGCUGAGGCCCCCAAACAAGAAGAAGCAAAGGCUGAGGCCCCUAAAGCUUAAAAGGCUAAAGGAAUUGGACCCAUAAGAUCGGGCAUGGACACUAGUAUCCUGGUCUUGGUCUCAUUUGGUGUGUGAUAUAUAAAAAGAACAAGGAUAAAUCUAGUUAGCCUUAAGAAACCCGAUAACUGUGCACAUGUUCAACAAUACUCUAGUUUCUUGAUACUAAGUGUCUAAAAGCAGCAUGUGAAGUCUGUGUGAAUGAUACAAGGUCCUGCUGUAAAUUCAUAGAUAGGAAUCAGUUUUGCUUGUUUUGGUUUUAUAAUUUAACAUUGGAUAAUUUUAGUUCAGUUUUAGUCUUUUAAAAUGUUUUGUGGGUGAUAUUUGUCAGGGGGAAGAUGCAAGUGGUUCAGAAUAGGUAUGCAACAGUUUGCAAAGGUGGUUCACUCACAGUCAUAUGGACGUGCUAAGACUCAAUAAAAAAUCAUCAGGUAAGUUGUGUUGUCAGAUCUAUUUUAUUUUGGUUAUCUCAAGUUUUACUUCUCAGUUUACAACCCCAACUCCUUAAAAAGUCAGGAUGCAGUGUAAAAUGUAAUAAACAAGUCUCAUAGAAGUUGGGACAGGGCCAUGUUUACCACUGCGUAGCAUUCCCCCUUCUUCAUUGUCUUUUUUUAAAUACUUUUUUUAAAAAUUAUGUGAUUUUUGCCUUUAUUUGAUAGUUGAUCAGUGUAGAUUAGACAGGAGAGAUGAGGAGAGAGAGCAGUAGAGGACACACAGAAAAGGGCCACAGGUGGGACUGGAAACCUGACCGGUGCAUUUUAGCCACAAGGCAUACAGCUGCACGCUCAACCAGUAAGCCAAGCUGGCACCCCAUCCCCUUUUCUUUUUAACAACAGUGUAAAUGUCAGGGAACUGAGGAGACCAGAUGAUGGACUUUUGGGAGAGGAAUGUUUUUCCCAUUCUUAUCAGAUCAAGAGUCCCGCAUCUUUUUUGUUGUAUUUUUAAAAGCAUGAUGUGUCAAAUGUUUUCAGUAAGUCUGGGCUGCAGGCAGGCCAGUUCACCACCUGGAUCUUCUACUUCAGCAUUGUCUUCCUGAAAUAUGCAAGGCCUUCCCUGCAAAAGAGGUUGUCUGGAUGGGAGAAUAUGUUCAUUUAAAAUCCAUAUAUACCUUUCUCCCCUCAGUCAUGUCACUGACCUGUUACUAGUAGUACCACUUACUCUUCCAACCUUUUGUUUCCAUUCCAACUUUUAAUAUUAACCUUGUUUAAGAGGAACAAUGUUUAGCUGCUCUGGUUCAGUCUAAUUUAUGGCACAAAAAUAAUGCAAAACUGUAAACUAUCUUUUGACUGAUGGGUUGCAUGCAUGUAAUAUCUUGUCAACUGUGUGCUUGAGUUUAGGUUUAAAAAAUAUAAUUUAAAAGAAAUGAAAAAUACUUGCUUGAAAUGCAAGUCUUUUGGCAUUUUAAAACAGUAGGGGGAAUAUUUCUGUGAUGUAAGUUCAAAGUCUCCACAGCAGUCUUCUUUUUAUUAGGUAGCAUAAUAAUUACACAGAAAUGCACUAAGAAUUAUUAUAGUGCAAAAAAACCUCUAUUAUAUAUGCAGAGCACAUUAUUGUUCCUAACAUGGGAUCACCUAAAAAUGGAACAUCAUGAUCAUUUGUGUGUGAAAUAGAGUGCUGUGGCAUGCUGCAAAACUUUGGUAUCAAUCCGAUACCAAGUAAAAGGGACAAUAUUGCCAAUACCAAUAAUGGUACCAAUACAUUUAGAUUUAUUACUUAUAAAGGCAGCUUAGGGAGAGAAGAGUUGUGUGUCAUGACUUUUGAGAUGAAUCAUCAUUGUGAUCAUUGUGAUUUUUACUUUCCACAUCACACCUUUCAGCCGUUUAUGUGUUUUAAAACUGAGUUUUUUGGAUACCUGAAAUGAAAUGUACCUGUCUCUAAAGCACUUUGAGUCAACUUCUGUUGUUUAAAUGGGCUAUAAAUAAAACUGAUGUGACAACA